GUCGGAGAAGAAACAAACAGUCCGCUGUGCUGUUUAGUGAAUGAAAUAAGCAAAUCAGACCCCUCUUCUUACCUCCACUCAUCCAUCGCAAUCUUAUUAAUUACUCUACCUGUCAGGUGAUGGUGUGUAUGAAUAGCACUCUGAUAUUGGUAGCUCAGCUGUGUUUUGUAUAUUUAGGUGUUUGAAUGGCGAACAGAGCUCAAAUCCCCACUAACAAUUCAGCAUUGAUCGCGAUGAUUGCGGAUGAGGACACAAUAACUGGGUUUCUACUUGCUGGAGUUGGAAAUGUUGACAUAAGGAGGAAGACAAAUUACCUUAUUGUGGACUCAAAAACUACUGUCAAACAAAUCGAAGAUUCAUUCAAAGAGUUCACAGCUAGAGAGGACAUUGCAAUAGUCUUGGUCAGCCAAUACGUUGCCAACAUGAUUAGGUUUCUAGUUGACAGCUACAACAAACCCAUUCCAGCAAUUUUGGAGAUUCCUUCAAAGGACCAUCCAUAUGAUCCUGCACACGACUCUGUUCUUUCUCGAGUGAAGUAUCUCUUCUCUUCUGAAUCAGUGGCAUCUGAUCGCCGUUAAUAUCUCUAUUAUUAGGUUAUGUUAAUUCAAUUUUCUUGGUUCAACCAAUUAUGUAAUGUAUUUGUUAUGAAUUAUUUUUGGAACCGCAUAUCAGAUUUCAUCUCAUGGUUCUGAGUGGAUUUAAUAUAUGAAUAAUAUGAGUGCCGAGAUUGUAACUAUCUGUUGACUUUUAAGUUGAAGUGCAGAGGUUUCUUGCUAA